UCAAAAAUAAAACUAGCAGCGGAAGAGGCCAGAGUACUACUGGAAACAUUCGGACUGUACGAUUUAUGCUUGUUCUUCUUCAACUGGGACCCAGAAAAUCAACAAACCGGGACGAUGGCCUCCGAAGUUUUCUCGUAUGAGAGUUUGGUUCAUGCUGUAGCGGGAGCGAUGGGAAGUGUGACUGCAAUGACGGUAUUUUUCCCUCUUGACACUGCCAGACUGCGACUUCAGGUGGAUGAAAACAGGAAAGCCAAAUCAACACCAGCUAUUCUGGCAGACAUAGUCAGAGAAGAAGGAUUGCUAGCGCCCUACAGAGGCUGGUUCCCUGUCAUCUGCAGCCUGUGUUGCUCCAACUUUGUCUACUUCUAUUGCUAUCACUGCCUCAAAGCGAGCCUGCUGAAGGGAAGGCCGUCAUCGUCCAGCACUGACCUGAUCACAGGCAUUGCUGCAGGCGUAGUGAAUGUUCUGGUCACAACCCCACUGUGGGUGGUGAACACUAGGCUCAAACUUCAGGGUUCCAAGUUUCACAACGCAGAUAUCCGGCCCACCAACUACUCUGGAAUUCUGGAUGCAUUUGCACAAAUCAUCCGAGGAGAGGGCGUUGGAGCGCUGUGGAACGGCACCUUCCCAUCUUUGCUCCUGGUGUUGAACCCCGCCAUCCAGUUCAUGAUUUACGAAACUCUGAAGAGGUGGCUCAGAAGAGAGGUUCCCAGGGAGCUUUCAUCCCUGGAAGUUUUUGUAAUCGGUGCUAUUGCCAAAGCUGUUUCCACCACUGUGACAUAUCCACUACAGACUAUACAGUCCAUUCUGAGGUUUGGUCAGUGCGGCACACCCACAGAAAAAUCCAAACUACUGUCCAGUUUGAGGACCAUCAAGAGUCUUCUGGUCAACAGAGCAAGAAAGCACGGCAUGCUGGGAAUAUUUAAAGGCUUGGAAGCCAAACUGCUGCAGACGGUCCUGACUGCUGCUCUCAUGUUUCUUCUCUACGAGAAAAUCGUCAGCCUCACCUUCAGAGUCAUGGGACUCGGCAACAGCCACCUCAGGAAACGCUAGCCGUUGGGACACUGCAGUCCUGGACACUGGACCGCUUAAGGAAAACUGGGAUGAAUGCUGUCAGUCAUCUGCGUGAAGGCCCUGUGAUUGGAAUUCUAAUACUGUGGUUCUAAAAGUAAAAAACACUGUUUUUUUAAGUGUGCUUAUCCUUUAUUAUUGAGUUGAUUUUAAUUUUUAUGAAAAAUGUCUCGUACUUAUCAAAAAAAGCACCUUUAGCUUCUGCAAUUUCAUUGCUGGACUGUUUCCACUACAAACAACCUUGAUUAAAGAAAAAUAUACAUGAUUACAAUAAAAAA